GCGGAUUUAAGUAUUUUUUAAGGUUCGAUCUAACAUUGAAUACAGAUUACCCUAAUCUGAAGGCAUACUGCUUUCUUUUACACAUUUCUAAGUUUAAUGUACGACUGAGCUGAAGUCCGCCAUGAAAUGGGAUUCUUGCUGUACGAUGGUCGAGGAAAACCGGGAAAUGAUGAUUCUAUGGCCGCUGGGUUGGGGCACAAAGAACUAAUCGUCAUUAGUAGUGUACUUGGAAUCAUUGCUGUCCUCGUUUCGCUCGCAGUUGGGACAUAUUGUUACAGGAGAUAUGAUUACAUCAAAAGAACAAAACGGGGAUCCUCUACAGAUUCAGGGAGGAGACUUUUCUUUGUGGAGGACGUGAAGCAAGGCCAUAAUGGAAAGGGUCCACUCCCAAAUAAAUUACAUCGGCAAAUCUUCACGUCUACACAGCCGAUACCCCAACAAGUCGUACGCAAACCACAACCCAGCAUGCAGACUAAUAAUUAUAUUCGAAGUAGCCAUGGAAGAGCAACACGUGACGUUCAUAUUCACAAUUCCUACCCCGGCGGUGUUCGAUUAGUGCGCUUCCACCAGGACCAUGCCAAACCGGUGCUCCUGUACCGACCUAGCUCUCUGAGACCCAUAUAUACGCAACCCCACCUUCCCAACACAGUACCACAUCUUCGACUGGGAGACUAUAGACCCAAGGUUGUCAGUGGUUACUUCUCACCAAGCAAUAUUAGAAACAUGACCGACGAAUCGCUCAAAGAUCCGGAAAGUUCAUUAAACAGCAGUAGGUCAAAGUUUCAUUGGGUUCCAGCAGAGCCAGAAAAAGUGAAAUUCAUCCAUUUAGAUGAGAAAGGUACACAAACAAAAGCAGUAAAGAAGAGACACAAAGCUACUAGAAAUUCCUCGACCUCCACAUCCGACCUCAAAACUUUACUUCCUCCAAGGACCAAAACCAUAAAAAGGAACUCGGACUUUCAUACUCAGUACAUAGAAAGUGGUAGUAAUUUUGUCAUAAUUGACUACCUUGAUCAAAGAAACCAAACAAAUGGGGAGCUACCAUUAUCCACCUCUACACCACGGGACGACCAAGAGGAAAAAACUGAUCCCAACCACAAUAUCAUUCCAAGGCAAAGAAAAGCACAUGAGGGUUCUCUUGAUAAGAUUCCAGUCUUUUAAGUCUAAGGGGACUUACUUUUGUAUUCCAGUUUUACAUAUAUUGCCAUUUCCAGAUUUGUGUAUCUUAGAAGGAUUUUGCUUUCGUAUGUAGUAAGAUUAGCCUUUAGGGGAAACAUUUUUUUUUUUUUUAUGAAAACCAUAGUAAGUGUGCAUAAUAUUUGCAAUACUUUUAAACUGAACAUAUCUCUAUUUUUGAAUUUAUUAUA